ACAGAGUAUUUAUCAGAUUCCUAGAGCGACUAUGUAUAUUACGAACCCUUCAUGUAUGAGUAAUUUGAAAUAAAUUUAGUUAUCUGUCAAGCGAAAUCUACAUAACUGAUUUUAGUCAUUGUUGAAUCACGUAAAAUAUUUUAUUUUAAUUUAGGGUUAAACCACGAGGUUCAGGAAUGGGACAGGCGGCAAUUAAUGCUGCUAUGGCAGCCCUAGUUGGGUUCACAGCGAAAUUACUGAUCGGGCAAGCGAAUUUCCCCACGGACAUCGUAGAGGAUGACGUCUCUGUGGACUUCAUUAUCGUGGGCUCGGGAUCUGCGGGCAGUCCGGUGGCGGCUCGGCUGUCGGAGAACCCGGCGUGGGAGGUGCUGGUUCUGGAGGCAGGAGGUGCCCCGCCGGCCGAGAGUAGAGUGCCUGGUAUGAUGCUCUAUUCCAUGCCCGACUACGGCCGCUACGGCUACAACUACCGCACCACACCACAAAAAUACUCUCAGUUCAAUUACGUUAAUAAUGCAAACUUGUUCCCUCGCGGAAAAUUAAUCGGGGGCUCAAGUGCCGUGAAUUUCAUGAUGUACAAUCGAGGCAACCGCUACGACUACGACCGGUGGGCCGCUCUGGGCAACAAUGGCUGGGACUACAAAACGGUGUUGAAGUAUUUCAAAAAAUCUGAGAACUACAGAGGACGAAUCACACCAGAAAACACGGCGUACCACGGCGUAGGAGGACCGAUGACGGUGGAGAGCAAGCGCUACGGCACGCCGCUGGCGAAGGCUUACCUGGACGCAGGCAGAGAGUUGGGGUACCCCAGCCUAGACACCAACGCCGCGUCGCAGAUGGGUUUCAACACACCCGACGUGACCGUGAAGGACGGACUGCGACAGUCGGCCGCGGAGUCUUUCAUUAAACCAAAUCUGCACAGACGCAACCUCAGAAUACAGUCGGACUCACAAGUUACGAAGGUUUUGUUCGAUCGAAACCUUCGAGCCAUCGGCGUCGAGUACAAACAUCGCAAUCGAGUGCGUCGCGCGUACGCCCGCAAGGAGGUCGUGCUGAGCGCUGGCGCUGUGGACUCGCCGAAGCUCUUGCUGCUCUCGGGCGUGGGGCCGCGACAGCACCUCGAGGCCCUGGGGAUUCGAACUCUGGUCGACCUACCCGGAGUCGGGCAAAAUUUCCAAGACCAUCCAUCCAUUUUUGGAAUUUGUUGGAAUGUUCCUAAGGGAAUGGCCACCUCCUUCCAGCGCCUCCUCGGCCCAGCGUCAAAAAUUGAGUACAUCACCAAACGAUCAGGUCCUUUGAGUGCACCUUUUGGGAUGGAAGGCAACGCUUGGGUGCGCCUGCGGGAGGGCGACCCGACCUUCCCGGACAUGCAAUUCCUCAUUGCCUCGCUCUCUAUCGGAGUUGACUUCGGUCUGCUCAUCUCGCCCACUGUCGGCUUCAAGAGAGAGGUGUACAACGACUAUUUCAAGCCGUACCAGGGCCAGGAAGGCUUCAACAUUGGCCCGAUGUUGACUGUACCCAAAAGCCGCGGAUCGAUCACGCUACGGUCAAAUGAUCCUGCAGAUCCUCCGCUGAUCGAUCCCAACUUCCUCAGCCACCCGGACGAUGUUGAACUAUUUUUGGAGGGUGUCAAAUUCGCGCUCGCCAUAGGAAAUACUACCGUCAUGCGGGAGAGGAUCGGUGCCAGGUUUAACGAUCGCCCAGUUACUGGGUGCAAGCAUUUGAGUUACGGAUCGGAUGAUUACUGGCGUUGCUUCAUCCGCCGGAUGGCGUCAACCACCUACCAUCCAGCCGGCACUUGCAAGAUGGCGCCCGAGUCAGACCCAGGGAGUGUUGUGUCCUCACGAUUACUCGUGCGGGGAGUCUCCGGGCUUCGGGUCAUCGACGCAUCCAUCAUGCCCUUUAUCACCUCGGGUAACACGAAUGCCCCGAGCAUCAUGAUCGGCGAGAGAGGUGCGGAUUUCAUCAAGGAAGAUCACGGAUUUAUUUAAAUCAAAAGUCGAUAAUCGAGAAAAGUAAUUUUGCGUCAUCUUUAGGUGCCAUUUUUGUGUGCCACUUAGGUGCAUAAGCUUACAAUUGUUAUAAUAAUCUCUGGACAUAGGCUCAUCCGUAACAUGAACAGCAAAACUUAACACGAAAAUUCACUGAUAAAAAAGGUGGCCAUGAUGAUAUCAAGUCUCAUAUCAUAAUCAGAUAAGUAAUUAUUAAAUCACCAUUAAUGAAUCACGACAAAUUGUUAAAUAAUCAUUAAUGCCUUGAUGGAUCAGUGAACACAGCAUAAAGUGUAACGAUAGAUUUCAUCUGAUUCUCUGUAAGUAUUCCGAGUAGUGCAGUAGUUUACUUCAGUGCUCCCGGUGACGACGUAAAGAAUAUCACGUCACCCUAUGCUUAACCUGCACCAACUUUCUUUACCACCACGCUCCCAUGACUUUCUAGUUCGCUUGUGCGACAAUUAUUUGACUUGUUUUCAUCCUCAAUAACUUUGUUUCAUCAUAGAGUGAGCGAAAUGAAAAUAAUUGUAUUCAUUGUAUUGUAAUGACAUUUUCGUCGGCCCCGUUACCUAAGUCGCUGGCCAUCAAUAAUAAGAGUAUGUCUUAAUAGCAGAAUUGAAACAAAAAAAUGUCUUGUGAAAUCGAGAUUUAUAAUUUCUAGUAUCGCGCAAUCAAAACAAAAUGCAUUCUUUGAUGCUUUUUCCAUUAUUUUUUCAAUAUUGAUGUGUGCAGCAGCAAGAAUGGCGACUAUUGCGCGUGGACUUAGAUGGAUUACAGCCUGAAUUUUUGACCUUUAUUAAAAUAAAUCUUUUCCCGAA